AUGCCUCUCCAUCUGCUCGGCAAAAAGUCAUGGAACGUCUACAAUGUCGAGAAUGUCGCCCGCGUCAGGCGCGACGAGGCGCAAGCAAAAGCCCGCGAGGAAGAAGAUGAACGUAUCAUGCAAGAGGUCGAUGCCGAACGCAGGAUUAAAAUUCUUCGCGGCGAACGUCCGCCUACGCCUCCACCGGCACCCUCCCUUCCGUCGCCUGAACCGGGCGCUCGACCAGAUAGAAAGUCCACCAGCGACGCUGGAGGGUUUCGCAAGAGAAGGCGGGUUGCCGGGGAAGAUGACACGGAUCGAGAUAUACGAUACGCUCGGGAGGAGGCGGCGCAAGCAGUUGCUAAGCGGGAAGAGUUGAUGCUCGCCUCUCGCAAGGCUGAUACAGCACAAGCCCCGAUUCUAGACACGGCCGGCCAUAUCAACCUGUUCCCAGCCGCAAGUGCUAAAACACAGAAGAACUCCGAAGCAGAGGCUGAGGCGGCACGGAAGAAACGCAGCUAUGAAGACCAAUACACAAUGAGGUUCUCCAACGCUGCAGGCUUCAAGGAGACUAUUGGCCAAAAACCGUGGUAUUCCUCCACAGAACAAAACGCAACAGCGCCAGGUCCGAUGCCCGAGAAAGAUGUGUGGGGUAACGCGGACCCAAGGCGCAAAGAGAGGACACAGGCUCGUAUGAGUGCGAAUGAUCCACUUGCAGCCAUAAAGCGGGGUGUGCGUCAGUUGAAAACGACAGAACAGGAACGGAAGCGGUGGAAUGAUGAAAAGCGAAGAGAGCUCGAAAAUUUGAAAGCUGAGGAGGCACGGCAGUCAAGCCGUCGGCGAAGGCGAUCCCCGUCAGUGGACAGCCUCGAUGGGUUCAAACUGGACGCGCCGGACAGAGAACGUGAGAAGGACAGAAGAAGUUCUGACAGGCAUCAUCGUCGCCGUCGAGAUCAGAGUCGAGAUCGCCCUCAUCAUCGCUCUCGUCACCACUCCUCUCAUCGCAAUCAUCGUCAUCGUCACGAUGAACGUUCUGAGGCCGCUAGGCGGGAAAAACAUACUGAAGCAAAGAAUCAAUCCUAA